UUAAUUUAGUUAUCUGUUUUUUUGUGUUUUUUGGUUGUUUGGUUGUUGUUGUUUCUUUCUCUUUUUUCACCUAAAGCGAGCCUUUAAACUUUGAAUGUCAGUUUAAAGAUAUUUUGGUCGUCUUCAGCCUCUAGCGCGCGCACAUAGCACGAUGCCGGUCUUGACUAGCCCCGACAUUGCCAACAAGUUUAAGGAGAAAUGGCUGGCGGUGUUCCCGGAGGAUCAUGUCACUGGUUGUGACUCUGCCCUCCUGGACGACAGCCUCACCAGCCUCCACUGGCUCCAGAAUUUCUCCAUUCUCAGCGGGGACCCGGAGCGACCCAACGGCGCCGGACUCGGAUGCCCAUCCUCCCAGCAGCACCUCUUUCUCAAACGCGUCGGCUUCCCUAGAACUGGGACAGACUCUCCGUCGAGCCCUCCGGCCGGGGACACUGCUGCCACCGGGAUGCCUCUGUACCUGGGAAUCCCGGUCACCUCUGGCAGCGACUCCACCGCCAUUACCCCGCGGUUAUCCAGCUGCGCUCACCCCACGCCCAGCUACGCUCAGAUCGCAGUUCAAGCGAGCCCUCCGGUGGAAGUGGACUACAAAACCAACCCUAAAGUCAAACCGCCCUAUUCUUACGCAUCGCUCAUCUGCAUGGCUAUGCAGGCAAGCAAGCAGCCCAAAGUGACUCUGUCCACAAUCUAUAACUGGAUAACAGAGAAUUUCUGCUACUACAGACAUGCGGAGCCCAGCUGGCAGAACUCCAUUCGUCACAACCUGUCUCUCAACAAGUGUUUCAAGAAGGUCCCCAGACAGAAAGACGAGCCAGGCAAGGGAGGCUUCUGGCAGAUUGAUCCUCAGUACGCGGACAUGUUUGUCAAUGGCAUCUUCAAACGCAGAAGGAUGUCUGCUAACCACUACAGCAGCAGCGGUGGCACACAAAGACAGAACAAACUGGUUCAGGGGUAUCACAGCACCCAAAAUACCUGCCCUUACCAGGGGGUGGGCAACAAACGGAAGCACCUGCCCUCUAAAAGCAACAACAAGAUCAGAGCCACAGAGUCUCCUCUGUUAGCCACAGAAGCUAACAAAACAGACAUCUUGAAGGGGGACUUUGACCUGGCGUCAGUGUUUGAUGACGUUCUCAGUGGAAGCUGUAGCACCUUUGAGGAUUUGGACAUCAACACGGCUCUAAGCUCCCUGGGCUGUGAGAUGGAGGUUUCCAUGCAGGGGAGGCAGCACUCAACAGGGUUGGGGAGGUGGUGCGGAGGAGGAGAUGUUAUGGGUCAAAACCAGGACCUUAACCACCAUCAGUCCUAUGGCUACGUGGAUCUAAGCACCGCUUCCAUGGAAUGCAUGCUCAACAUGGGAGAGCUUCACGUGCCUCAGCAGCAGCAUCCACAGCAGCGGCAACACCUGCAGCUGGACCAAGAUCAGCUGCUCCAGAGUCACCACCACCUGCAGCACUUCGAGGAGCCCCCCACACUGUUCCCAGAGCAGCCAGUUGAGGCUGUACUGCAGCCAUGGGAGGAGAUUAAAGAAGAGGCACAAGCAAUUCCUCUGACUCUGGAUCAGGGAUUUGGUCUGUAUGAAAGCUUCUUCACAGAGAUGCAGCCACUGGAUAGGAUGGAGAACUACAUGUGACUUCCGACUCAAAAUUAUUUACAUACAACGAUCUGGAUGUCUAGUUCCUAAUUCCAUCUCUGCAUUCUCUGAAAGGAUAAAACAUUUAAGCUUCACUUACCUCUAAUUUCCUCCAAUCAUUCUGCAAUUCACACUGCAUAUUUGUCAUUUAUUUGUUGUAACAUUCACUUUGCAAUGCAAACACAAUCCUGUGAAAUCUGUCUUGCAAACACAGCUAGCAGAGGUGUCUUUAAAAAACACUGACUUUGAACUUUAUUAGCACUAUUGGGGAUUAUUUCCUGAUGCAGACUUUUUUUCUUCUGUAUCGGGAAGCAGUGCAGUGCACGGUGCAGCACUGAUACUGAAUUGUUCAAAUAAAUGACAACAGAACAGAGACUUGCAUACCAAAUUAAGUCUUCAUUUGGACUAUUUUGCUUUGCAAAAUCAGAACUUUUUUUGGUGGAGGAUGAUGUGAGCUGAAAUAUAUCUGGACUGAAGUGUUGUGAGUUGUUUUUCUGGAGAAUAAAACAAGGAAAACUCAACCACCCUCUUUUGGAGUACUCUGAACAGAGCACAGUCAAUAUGAGACUGAGAGGACUUACAGGAUUUUAUUGUGCUACAUUAGCAUGAACUGUUUUUCUACUAACAUGCAGCAUAAUCAGCCAUUCAUCCCAGUCGUCUGUGUCAUGUGAUGAUGAAAGAUGAAGCUGUCAAAGCUAAAUGGAGACAUAAAAACUUAAGAUUCAUAGUAAGAUAUUAGAAAUCAGUCACUUAUGACAUCGUUAUAUAGUCUAUUUAAUAUAUAUUCAAUAAAGUAUAUGGCAUGAUGCACUGCAAGACUAUUUGCUUUUUGUCUACAUUUAUGUAUCGCAAAGCAAACAGAGGAGCAGACAAAUAAAAAAGUAAUGAAACUGAACAUUAUGCACUUUGAUAGACAGUUUUAGAAAAGCUAGACAGAAAAACAGAAAAAAAGCUUUUUACCAGGAUGAUUUGUUUUGAUUUUGGUGUUAAAUUUAAGUUUUUAAAUGUUUACUAACCAUGAUGGAAAUGAAGCACAUUAUGCUGUAAUUGUUUGUUCUGGGUUUUUUAAGAGCGCUGAAGUAAAACUGCAAUAAAUCCAAUCGGCAAGCGCUUUCAGUCUUUCUUUUUAAAGUAGACACAAAAGUGGGUUUUUGUCAAUAUUAUUGGGCCAAUUUUGCUGAUAAGGAAUAUGCAGUUUGUUAGUGUUUCUGGUUUUUGUGUUGAUUAAUAAGAGGAGUGUUGGAUUUUCUUUGUUUCUUACUGAUGACUUCUAUGUAUAUCUCCUUUUUUAAGCUGUACUGUUUGUUUUGGCAAAUUUGAUCAUAAAUUUGGGAGCAAGGGGUUUAGGGAGGCACAUGAUUCUAACUUUUAUAGGCCAGACUUUGUCAUUGUGUCAUAUUGAUUAUUGUUGGAUGCCUCUUAAAUAUUGCAUAUGUUGAUUUGUACUUUUUUAAAAUCUGUUUGGAAAUGCAAUCAUGCCUUAAUGCAAUAAAUGGUGUCAA